ACUCUUCACUCAAUAAUAAUCUCGCGUGCUCCUGGUCCAGUCCGUCCCUAUCGCUAUGGAGAACGCCGCCGCUCCUUCGUGCUCCGUGUCGGGUUCACAGCGACGCGACCGUCAGACGGACGCUGAUGCCGACUCGGCCAACCAGCAGGCACCUGCGCAGCCCGAGCACGACAUGUUCGGAGACUGGAACCUCAACACCUUCAUGAUGUUCAUGCUAUUGCUACAUUUCAUGCAGUACGCGAUGCGCCAGCCCUGCGGCUGCUAAGCUAUGCCCACAUCUGAUCCGACUCAGCUCGUUAACUCUUACGCUGCCAGUUGUCGUUCCAUGUUUCUGUGUCUUUGACUUUUACUUUGCUGGAUGCUGCCUGUAACCUUGAAAACCAAUAAAAUACACGCGCAUGAAUCCUAUC